GUUAAAUUUUUGUUACCUCGUAUUUAUGGUUUAAAGCCUGACACAUCCCGGGAAACAUUAUGCAUCUAAGCGCCAAAUAGCCAAAAAUUGGCAACAAAAAAAGAGCUGCCAAAAUAGCCCACAGCCAAACCGAACCUGAAAAUUUUUCCGACAUAUGCUUCUCACUACGACUCAUUUCAUCGUUUUCCCUUGUUGCAAACAUAAUUUGCACAACGAAAAGAUUAAUAAGAAAGAUAAAUAACAAGACAAGGACGAUUGCUAUAUAAACUUUAUAGCCAAAAAUCCAAACGUUCUUCGAAGGGCCUCGGGGAGCUGAAACCGAUGCCUCUCUCCUCCGUUUUACCUCAACUUCACGGGCCGCACAGCGUACGACAAGCAGUGCCAAAAUGGCACCGAUGACAAAAAAGCCAAGGAAAGUUAAAACCACAAAUCCUGGCAAGGUAUCGUCUCUUGGAAGCCAUUCAAUAACGUUUAAAACCGUACAAUCGCUAGGAACGUACGCGGCGGCCAUAUUGCUUAUUGUUGACAUAUACUCGGCGUUACCAUGACAACGAACGCGGUUUAUUUUACACAAGAAAGAUGGCGGCAACAAAGUCAACAACGUUUAAUAAAAUGCCGCAUAAAAACGGCACGUACAUGGGGAAUUUCACGGCGGGAAACGGUUUAGAUGUUACCCCAGAUAUUCAUCUUAAAAUGUCCAAGAAGAUCGCGCAGCUUACCAAAGUUGUUUAUGCUUUAAACACGAAAAAUGACGAACAGGACAGUAUCGUCGACUGCCUUAAAGAACGACACGAAAGCGAAAUGCAGCAAUUACUAAGGGAAACGAAAAGUAAAGUGAACGAACUGCAGCAGAGAAUCGAAAAAUAUGAACAACAGAAGGCAGAUAUGCGGAAUUUAGAGCAGCGAUUGCGCGAGGAAAGUGAAAAAAGGACGCAAAUAGUGGAUAAAUUUGAGCAGUACAAAAUCUCUGUCAAAGAAAGGGGAGAGAAACUAGAAGCGGAGAACGAGCUGAAGGCUAGCGCGAGCGUAAAACAACUUUUAGAAACGAAAAAUAAUUUCGAGAAACAACUAGAGGAUUUUAAACAGACGCGGGAGCUUUUAGAAAAGGAUAAAGACACAGCGAUGGAGGAAUUAGUUCGCAAACAUCAUGAAGAGCUUGAUCAACUCAUGAAAGCCCAUAGAGUAAGAUACGAUGAGGUAGUGAAAGACAAAGAAAAAAUAAAAACAGAUCUUGAAGCAAAAAUCAAAGACCUUAGUAAUUCUCCAGAAGCCUUUCGUGCUGAGCGCGAAAAAAUAGAACGUGACUAUAUCGCAAAGUUGGAAAAACUAAAAACUCUGUAUGAGAAGGAACUGAGCCAUGCAAAGGAAGCUACGGAAAAAGCCGAGGUUUCCAUGAAAACUCUUCAACAGAAAGAACUUGAUUUAAGAAACUCGUGGAAAAAUCAAGAAAAACAAUACAAAGAUAGGAUUUUAGUUUUGCGAAAAGACCUUGACACCACAAAGGGUCAAGUUUCGGAGUUGGAAAGGAAAUUAUCUAAUGUUACUAAGGAGGUGACAUUGAAGAGUGAAGGAAGUGUGGAAAUGAAAGGAAAAUUGGGUGAAGCUUUAAAAAAUGUGGAUGCACUGACAAAAGAAUUACGGCAAACAAAAAAUGAAAUGCAAGUCACAUUACAACGUUCAGAGGGUUUGGUCGAUGAACUGUCAAAUAAAACUCGUAAGUAUAACAUAAUUGUAUACUAUACUUACUAUAAUUCUGUUAUUUCAUCAAUAUACUUCACCAGUUUAUUUAAUUGAAUUAAAAUUACAUGGUAGUGUAAUCUAAUUAGAGUUACGGUAAUGUAUUCACAGAAUUGAUAAUUGCCACUUUAAUUAAGUUGUCAAUUAUUGAUGCGAUGUUCCUAUUAACUUUUCAACAGGUACUGUAAAUGUGUAACUGUAUUCUGAGGCCUGGUAUUGGCUUAAUAUUCAAACUCUAGAAACUUCAGGGGAACAAUGGCCCACCUGGGUUUUGGGAGAUUUUCAACCUCUGCAGGCCAUAAGGAAUUCCCUAAAUUAAUCUCGUAAGGGAGAGUACACCUGUUUUCAGGUUACAAUUGAAAUUUGAGAUUUCGAAGCCCAAUUUUUAGAAAAGCCUGCAGGUAUGUAGCCUGCUCACAGACGUUGUUAUUCUUACGCCAAGCGACGAAUGGUAGUAAUUCGUCACUUGGCGUACGAAUAACAACGUCUGUGAGCAGGCUAGCAGGUAUGGAGAUUUUCAUUAGCCAGGCUAGAAGUGGAGUCUAAGAGCCCUGUGUUACAUGAUUUAGAGUUGAUUUUUCUAACAAGACAAUAAAUAAAUGUUACUUAUUAUAAUAUCUUUAUCAAUUUUGAAUCAAUUGUUUACAAUCAAGCUAUUUAAUCAUUUGUUCAGGUUUGCAUCACAAACUAGAAGCAACAUGUUUAAAUCAAGAACAAUCAAUAAAUGAACUCAAAAAACAGCUAGACUUGUCAAAAGGCAAAUGUUCUAAACUUGAAGCAGACUUGAAGUUGUUAGAAGACAACAAACAAAGUUUAACAACAGAUUCUCAACACCAACUGCGCAUUCUGCAACAGGUAAUUGCCCUUCUCUUACUGUGUAUAAUGUCCAUGGACAGCAUUUCUCUCAGCGUUAUUUCAAGUGGGUAUACUUAAUUGUUUUGCUUACCAUUGAUCAUCGGCUGAUUCCUGAGCAGGCUGGUUCAUUCCAGUACAUGCAUGUGUACCAAAGCAAUUACCUAGUUUUAGUGUUACGUACUAUAUACAAACUAGGUAUUUGCACUCACAUGAAUCACAUGUACUGGCCAAACAUAAUAAUCUUAUGGCAAACACUUAACGAAAUAUUACGUGGGGGUGUGAGUUUGAUUGCCAGCAUACUGUACUUUGCCCUUUAGAUCUACGUUGCAAGUUUAGACUUCUGUGGUGUGAGCAGUGUGAAAAAUAUAAGGCAGCAGAAAUGAACGGCGUUUCAAGCAAUACACCCUUUCGAUAAUUAUGUCAUUUGGCCUGGGAGCCUCGCUCUCAUGAACUAUGAGCCAAUUGCCUUGGGUAAUUUACUAAUGAGAGCGAUGCUCCAGGAUCAAAAAGUUAUCGAAAUGGUGUAUUAGAGCCUUCCUUUGCUUGAAAUGUUGAAGUUAUGCUUAUACAGUGUAUAACUAUACAGUGUGGUGCUACCUACAUUAGAACCGACCAUUCAAAACCUAGACUUUGGUUAUCAUUAAAAUCAUUUAUUAGAAUUUAUGAUUUAUUGAGGUUGGUUGUCACUUUCCCUCUAAGUUUGUCAUUGAGUGCGCAAGAAUGGGAAAUGGCCCAUAAAGAAUUUUUCAGUACCAGAAUGUUUCGAGUAACCAAUUUGAUUUAUGCUUUAGUGUUAUAAUACUUAAUGUUUUUACUGCCUGGUGUCAUGCACUUUAAUGAAUCUGUGUACCGUACUUUAAUCAACGAAAAUUAGAUGGACAAUGUACAGUACUUGACAUAUAUGUCUAAUCAAAUGUUGUGUGUUUUGUUUAGAACAUAGAGGCGCUUGAAAAAGAGAAACAAGAUAUUAAAUUCAAGUAUCUCCAAGAGCUAGUUUUUACGAAAGACGAGUCCGCCAAAAAAGAGAAAAAUUUACAAUCCUCGCACGAAAAAGAACUGAGUAACUUAAAGAACAAACAUGAACAAUUAGUUGAAAAACUAAAACAAAACUCAGAAUCGUCUUUAAGUCAACAAAAAGAAGAACUGAAUAUAAAAUCAUUACAAGAACAACAGAAAAUCACUUUGGAAAAGAAUGAGAUUAUUAAGGCAAAGGAAAACGAACUUGCUAAACUUCAGAAAUUGUAUGAAGAAAGUUCUAGUAAGGUCGAAAUGCUGUCUGGUCAGAUACAAGAAACCGAAGUGGGACUUGGUUCAGCGUCAUCAAGAAUAUCACGGUUAAAUGAAAUGGUGAGGGAGAAACAAGCGGAAAUCAGUUCUUUGGAAAAGGAAUUGGCAUCGUCAAGAACUAUAGCGGAGAAUUUAAAAGUAUGAGCUUAAUUCCAUUGUUCUAUUUUAGUAUUUUGCACUGACUCAUCGGUCGGUCUUAUAGUGUUUAACACAAGGCGAACUGGAUGGAAUAGCGCAAUAGACUUUUCCGGUAAUUGCGUCACAACUACACUGUUUUCAACUUAGGACCACUUUAAAUGGAAUGGCUUUUAAGUUUGUUUCUCACGGGCUAUGGUCAGAGAAACAGAACAUCCUUCGUCAACACAUACAUAAAAACGAAUUUUGGAUUUUGACUAUUCAUGAUGUGGAAAUAAGCUUAAACACGAAAACGUUUUCGUGUUUAAGCUAAUUUCCACAUUUAUUGGUCAAAAUCCAAAAUUCUUUUUUAUGCAUGUGUUGAAGAAGGAUGUUCUGCUCCUGUGACCAUAGCCGUGAGAAACAACCUUGAAAUCCAUUCCAUUUAAGGUGGUCCUAAGUUGAAAACAGUGUUAGUCGUGACGUAAUUACUGGAAAGGUCCAUCUGUCAACAGUGGUCCUAAAACAAACCAUUCCCUCGUGCGAAAAUCCACUAACUACGAGUAACAAAUCACCGGUUUCGCAUUAUGUUUACAAUGUACGUUUCUUUACACCAGAACGAAGUUGCCACGACGAACAACUCCUUGGAGAAAGAAAGAAAAGACGGCAAACUUAAACUAGACGAACGUUUGGAAGAGUUGCGAAAAGAAUUAUCUACGGAGUGGAGUGAAAGAUUAAAGUAAAGUUACAAUGUUUACAGUAAUUAGUAAUACAAACUAGAUAGUAUUUAGUAUAAAUAGUAUAGACUGAUGAACACCAUUUGCCUCAUGACAAAUCAGACAAUGAUCAAGAUAGUGACUCUGAUUGAUUUACAUAUUGUAUUGAUAUAUGACUGUUUGACAUUGCUUUUUAGUCUUUUUUUCCAACCCUUUUCUCUUCGGUGCCACCUCCACCAUAAAUAUUGACCGGUCCCCAAGUUAGAAUCUAUCUUGAUAUCAAACUGUAUUGGCAGGAACUAUACUAAUACUCCUUGACUGAUCUUACCCUCCAUCUUAUUCCGCAAUUUCUUGUGAUCGAAAAUCUGGAAUCAUUUUCUCUUUGCAGAUCGGAAAACUCUUCGCUACGUGCUCUACUGAACAAACAGCAUGAAGAUGGUCAACACGCAGCAAUGGAACAACUUUCAGCAUUGAAGGAAGAAGAGAAAGAAGAGAUACGGAUCAGUUCUGAGAAAGAUAUCGCUAUCCUCCAGUCAAAGGUAAGACUAUCUCAAACUCAUUAGUAAUUCAUGAGUAAAUUAGCCAACCACAUUGCUUUAUUUUGCUCACAUGAUAAUACUGGAUAACUGGUGAAACACAUAUUGAUCCUGUCCUGGGACUGGAUCAAAAUUAAUUCACCUCGCUUUAAGUAGUGAUUUAUUCGUAUGAGAUGUCAUUUCAAAUUAGGGGUGCACCGGAUUUGGAAUUUUCAAAUCCGGCCGGAACCGGAUUUGGCCAAAAAUUCCGGCCGGAAUUCGGGCCGGAUUUGCCGGAUUUGAGAUAAACCGGUAAUGGCGAUAAAUUGGGAUAAUUCAGUAUUCAAAAUGGCGGUUUAUGUUUUUUACUAUUUUUAGUUAGUGUCAGUUUAGAUUUUUUAUUGUGUUUAAACCUUUUUUAAAUAUCUUCUUGUUAAUAACUUGAUAUUUUAUAAUAAUAUUAAGUGUUUUUUAAACUUUAACGCUGCUAAAUUGAUGGUUUAUCCCAUUCUUGGUGAAUAUUUUAAGGUGAAAACAGACAUUUAAUCCGGCCGGAUUUUCUCCAAAUCCGGCCGGAUGCCGGAUACCGGAAAAUUCAUUAAAUCCGGCCGGAAUUCCGGCCGGAUUUGAAAUCCGGUGCACCCCUAUUUCAAAUCCGACUAUGCAAUUCGGACUGAACUAGAUUUCAAGUCCUCGCAAUUUGAUCAAAUUGCAGUCCUCAUGGAUAGUCGGAUUUGAAAUAUUACUUCCAGUUAUGUCGACUCGUAAGACUGCUUUCUAUGCAGCUCAGCACUAAACUCGCAACAUCCGCAGACGUUGAGAUUGUUUUCCUCGCGACGUGAAAAAUAUCAAACACGAUAGAUAUUUUCCUCAAGGCCUCGAGAGGUUAAACCGUCACGAGGCGGUGAGCUCACCUAGCUUCUCUCGUGUGCCGCAGGCUUAGAACAUGGAUAUGUAUAUUUUAUACACUUUCCGCUCUAACAUUAGAUACGUCAACUUGAAGAAGAACUUAAAAUGGCAUCGUCAAGAUUUGUCUUAUCUGAGAGAACAUUCAGAGAAAGUGCGAAUCACGAACGGAGGAAAAUCGAAGAAGAACGAUCCAGAGAAGGUUUUGAAUAUAACGAAAAGUUGAAGAAUAUUGAAGCAAAACAUCAAGACGAAAUUGCUCUCUUGAAAGAAAUGAAAGAACAAGAGUUGAAGGUAGGGAUACCUGGGCCUCCUAGCUAGUCAGCAUAUUCAUAAAUUAUCCCAUUCAGUUUCCUAGAGGGUAAACAUACAAGCAUAGAGGUACAGAAGGGGGGGGGUUAUAAUAAUCUUUCCUUGCAUGUUAAUGAGAAAAGAAAACUGACGUUUCCGAAAAAAAUCCUCAAAGAACAGGAGAGAACCAAUCGCAAUUCAGGGCCUUAACCGGGAUUUUAGAUUUAAAAUAACCAAUCAGUAAAGCAAUAUUUAAACUAACCAAUGGACGACUUGCGCUUUAGAAAAAUUUUUAAUCUGUGAAUAACAAAGGAUAUUUUCGGAAAGAAGUUAUCAAAAUUAGAAAAACUGCAAAGUUUGGUUGCGAAAUGUUGUAAAAUAUGGAAAAUAUAGCCCUGCGAAGUUGGCAAAUUUGUAUACAUUUCUAUUACGUGCGGAAAUUGGUAACUAAUUUAGUUACCAAUUCACGCACGUAAUACAAAAGUAUACAAAUUUGCCAACUUUGAAGGGCUAUAUUUUCCGUAUUUUACAACAUUUCGCAACUAAACUUUGUAAUAUUACUAAUUCCAAGACGCUCUUUCUAGCUGUGGUGAUAGAUUUCGUUGUUCUUACUUAGAUUAAAAUUUAGUCUAAAGCGCAAGUCGUCCAUUGUUUAUUAGUCAUGGAUGUAUAAUAACGAAGUCAAAACAUUGCUAUUGAUCAGUAGAACGAAAAUACAAUAUACAUGUGACGAACAAGGACAACAUUUUUGCCGCAUAUACCAUGUCCUGGUUUAUGACUUUAUGUCCACCUUGAAACCCACCUCGCGUCUUCUCGGAUCCCCUUUUAUUUGGGCUAUAGCCUGUUGGGAAAUCCGCUCGCUAAUGAGUGAGAAAGUCAUUAAACUUAUACUUUUUGCAGGAGCUGGAAACAAGAUUAAGGAAAGCCUACAAUGAGGAGACCUUAUCACAACUGAAAGCUUCGCAACUGAGUAUCCAAGUUGUGAAAUCACAAGCUGAAAUUGAGGCGAAAGAAAAAAUGGCGGAGGAUAGAGUGAAAUUUGAGAAAGAAAAACAAAUUGUUGAGAACGAACUAUUACGACGUCGCAAAGAAGAAAUUGGGAAAGUGAAAAAUGAUUUUGAGACUCAGUUGAGUGUACUGAAGUUGCAAGUUCAGAAAAGUGAUGAGUUACGAACGAAAGAGGUGCGUCUGCAAUGUUUGAAAUACGUGUUAUAUCGGGGUGUAUAUUCGAUGAGUUACCAGUAAUUUUUGCAGGCGAUUGUCAGAAGAUUAUCGAGACUUGGGCUCCCUUCACCCGGGACAGGAUGAAUUCAAAACAGUCUAACUUACUGUAAAUUCCCAAUAUUUUUGCCUUCUAUAGUUCACACGUGUGGACUGUCCCAGAAUCAUAAUUUUCUUUUAAAAUAAAUUGCCUGUAAGUGCAUAUACAAAAUACAUUAAAUGUAAGAUACAUUUGCUAAAAUAUCAUUCUACUAUAACUGUAACUUAAAGCAUGUUUUGGGCAUUGAACUUUUCAAGCCCAAUGCAACGAGCUCAAACAAUAUAGAGUUUAGGUAAGUUUACGUUCGGUUCAUCACAUGAAAAGUUCGACGUCGAACCACGACUAAUUUCAACCUGGCCUAAAUUUUUCAAAUUCACGUAUUUUUCAGACUGACAGACAUGCAGCUCAAGUUGAGGAAUUGAGUAAUACGAUUCGUCAAAAUCAACUCCAAAUUAAUGAACUAAGUCAAGAACUUUCUGAAAGCAAAAGCCAAGCUACACAACUGCAUCGCGAGAUUGAAGCAAAAGGACAGGAAAUAUUGAAUGUGAGAAGGGAAGCUAACAGUCAUAUAAGGUAAGAUAUAAAUAUGUCCGUCUCGUGUUCUGUACAGGGCAUAUAUGAAUGAUGCUGACUUAAUCGGCUCUUUGAAUCAACCUAAAACUGAGUAAUGAGUAUCUGGAUGGCAUGCAAAACAGUGGGAUUUUCAAAACAGAAAAGACAAUGAAACAUUCCCAUCACUGGAUCGUGAUCGACUGACUGGCACUAUCGUCACGCUAGGUCAUAACUAAGAGUCAUUGUUUUACUCUAACGCCAGACUAUUUAUUCUUGUGCAUGAGAGUUGAUGUGAAUUUACAAAUUAAGUAGAUGACAGUUGUCUUGACUAUAAUUCAUAAAAGUUGGCUAUCAAACAAGUGUGCGCGGUAUGCAAUAGAGGUGCAGUGAAGUGUACAGCAUAAGCUUCAACAUAAAUUAAUCAUCGGUUAAAAAUCUUAAUGUACUCCAUGUCAUCCAGUCUCCCAAGAUUUGGACUUAUAUUAGCAUUUAUGCAAAAGCCUAUAUCGGUCGGUGGAAACAUGCACAUUUCAACGUUUUCCAAAUGGCUUUGUCCUUUGUUAUAGGAAAAGUGAAGAAAGAUUAGCGAAAGCACAUCAAAAAGAAAUGGAUUCUCAAGUCGCUGAACAUUUGAGAGAAACACAAAAUAUGGUUCACGAAUUCAGCCGAGCUCAGGAGCUGUUGAAAGAUAAAGUUUCUGCUUUACAACUCAUGUAUGUGGUUUAGAUCUUGGUAUAUUUAAAAAUCUCAAGAUCGGAUUUAGUAUAGCCAGUUUUUGAAUAACGCCGAAUUUAUGGGUUGUUUUAACCAACUUGUUUUUACAGAGUAUACAAUUGUACAAUGUUCUGUUGUGGGUGGUGUGUGAAUUUUGCCUGAAAAUUAAAAUCUGGAGCGAGAACUCGAGUCCAAAAAGUGAAGCCAGAGAUGGUGGAAAUUGAAGAGCUAUUGAAGUGUUUUUAUAAUCUUCGCAGUUACAGUUCAGACAUAAACUAUGGUAGCUUAGAUUGUAGACCUCUUGCACUUAUUGACCCCCUGGAGUUCAUUAUUAGUAGCGAUUCGUUUCAAGUUGUCAAGUUGACGAAAGUCCAUACUACUGUACGUCCUCCUAAAGAUUGAGGGGGGGGGGGGGGGGAGCCUGCGUGAAGGCAUUGACAUGAUCCCUUAUCCUAUUCAGGCUUGAAGAAGCAGAAGCUCGGUUCAGAAAUCGACCACCAAGAGACGAGGAUAUGGAAGUCAUACAGAGUUUAAAAACAGCUUUAUCUGAAAGAGAUCUGGAACUCAAGAAAAUGUUGGUACGUAUAUGGUGACUGACUUCUAUAUUUAGUAUAUUACUUAUCUCGAGCUCAUAAGGAUUAGUGUUAGGAUUAGUGUUAGGGUAGCAGGAUUAAGUUUGGGAUCUUGGGAUUAGGAUUUUAUUUAAAUUGAAUUUGUUAUAGUGUAAUACGGAAAUUAACCCCGUUUAAUGGUCAUUUCACUCAGGUGUAUUGUUCAUCAGUUCAUGUAGCGUUUUAACAAAAUGUUGCAAAAGAAUGUGUGCUGCUUUCUGAAGUAGAUAUUUAUGUAUUUAUUUAUUUAUACGUUUCGCCAUAAUUGUUAAUAUACAUACAGUAAUAUACAUAUUUCAAAGACUAAAGUUAUACAUAAGGGUCACAUGACUGGGUGACCGCAACAGCUAUCGUCAAUAUUCAGUUUUGAGUGUUUCUGAUAUUAUGUAGGAUGAAAAGAGGUACUAUCAAUUGGAAUUGAUGAACAGAGAAACUAACUUCAAUAAAGUAUUCAAGUCUUCUCCUAACAUCGGCGUGAUAAACCCAUUACAAUACAAGGUAAGCCUCGAUUACAUGCGUCGUUCUCACGAAACACGAUUAAUUCGGGUCGUGCUCGAAUUUGCACAAAAUGGAACCAUUGAGGAAGUAAGUAUUGUUGAACCAUUGGUUGCCACGUUUUAUGUUUAAUACGUUUUAUUUCAUUUUUAGAAAAAGCAAGGCAAGGAACAAGUUGGAGGUCAAGCAAGCGCAAUGAUGUUGACGUCAUCUAGACUAGACCCCAUGCCCGUGACAAAUCUCUCGGUUCACGAGAAGAAACUGAACAAUACCAGUCCCCUACCCCCUGCGCCGCCCAAGAAAUUGAGCGCUACCAAAAGAACAACUGUCUAUUAAACUGGUAUAUUAAUCACUCCAAAAUAUCUUCAGGUCGUGGGUUUCGGCCCUCCAUGCAUAGACUAAUAAAAGACAAUGGUCUUUGUCCUGAUGAUGUUUUUGGCAUCCUUUAAUAUAGCCCAAGUGAAGCCGUGGAUAACUGUACAAUAGCUGGAUCUAGUGUAAAUAAUAGCCUUAAAAGUUUUAAUAAAAUUCUGCGAGGACAAACACAAUUCAAUAAACGAUUACUGUAAAGCCUGAUUUAUGAUGAUUACUCACGUGUAUCUGAAAUUAUAGUUUUCUCCGUCUACUAGACGACCGGCCAACUUUCUGAAAGUUACACUCUGAUGGCAUUUUCUUACAAGCUCAUGCCAACUGACAUUUUCUUAGAGUAUAUAUAUAUAUAUAUAUAUAUAUAUAUAUAUAUA